AUGGUCGCUACAGCAGCGGAACUCCCGCUGAAGAUCGAUGGCUCCGUUAACUUUUCCGUCCAGGGUCGGGGUGAGCGGACUGGUUUCGUCAAGACCGAUACUUUUCCGUCGGUUCCGUCAGUGACACCGUUUUCUCUUAGCGGGAACGCCUCCGCAUCGUGGCCAGGGGGGAAUGGGGCGAUAACACGAGCGCGAUCUGUGGGAAACUGGGGGGAAGCGGCGGCUUGCGCGGGGGCGGAAGGGGACAGGCGGACGGCGGUGGUGCUGCUGGGAUGGCUCGGCGCGCAGCAGCGGCACAUGCGGCAGUAUGCCACGUGGUACAACGCGAGGGGUAUCGAUGCGAUCGGGUUCGUCAUUCCGUUCACCGACAUAUUCAGCGUCAGGCUAGGCGAAAAGGCGGAGCUGCAUGUCGACGAUCUGGUUACGGAGCUUGAGAGAUGGCUCCUCGAGGGUGCGAAUCACGGCGGGACGCACGGCGCGAUUCACGGCGGGCUGGGCGGCGGCGGGCGUCGCUCGUUGCUGUUCCACACGUUCAGCAACACGGGAUGGAUCGCGUACGGCGCGGCGCUGCUGCGACUGCAGCGCAAGUACGGGAAAGCGGCGGUGGAUGGGAUUAUAAAGGGGUGCGUCGUGGACUCCGCGCCUAUACUGGAAGAAGAUCCCAAGGUGUGGGCGAGUGGUUUCUCAGCGGCCAUUUUACAGAAGCGCACGUUCACCAGUGUGACUGUAUCCCGGAGUGACUGCAGCAGCAGCUGUGAGAGCCUGUACCCGGAUCAGGGGCGGGAGCAGGGAGGAACGGAGGGGCUGGGGUCAUGGCAAGGGCAAGGGGAAGGGCAAGGGCAAGGGCAAGGGGGCUUGGGUGGUGAGGAGGGGGCGUUUUCCUCGCCUGCUCCCUGUGGGUGUAAGCUGGUGUGGUGGCGGGCUGAUGAGGCUGAGAGAUUGAAUGCAUGUGGGAGUAAGGCAAGGGGGAGUGCUGCUGCUGCUGUGGUGGCAGCGGCAGGUGGUGGGGGGGACAGAGACAUGCGAGAAGGGAUUGGUUCUGGUGCAGGAGGUGGUGCUGCUGGUAGUAACGGGUGUGCUUUUAUAGGGGUGUCUCAGCAGGAACAACAGCAGUGGCUGCUGCAGCAGCAGCUGAUAGCUGUGUACAGGAUGCAGGCAGAGAAGCAGGAGAGAAAGCUGGUGCUGGGGAAAGAACUGAGAAACGAGCAGGAGCAAGGGAGUGGCAUUCACUUGCAACAGCAGCAGACACGGCAGCAACGGUGGUGGCAGCGAGGGGGGAGAGGCAGGGCGAGCAGCAUAGUGCAGGCGUGUGGGCGGGUGGUGGGGGCGUGUGGGCGGGUGGCAGUGGCAGUGGUGAGGGUGGUGAAGGUGCGGCUGGAUGCGCUAGAGAGUGUGCUGGUGACAGCGCUGUGGCUCAUCUUCCAAGUGGCUCUGCGCAUCCCCUACGUCAAAGGGAAGCUUGGUGAGGUGACUAACACUCUCCACCACCACCAGCCCAACUGCCCGCAGCUGUACUUCUACAGUGAAGCAGACAUUGUGAUUCCCCUGCCCGCUGUUGAAAAAUUCAUCCUCGGGCAGCGGGCACAGGGCCACAGGGUUAUGUCGAUGCGAUUUGAAUGUUCGCCGCAUGUGGACCAUUUUCGGACAUUCCCUGAGCUGUACACGCAACAGCUGGAGACGUAUUUGAAAGCAUGCCUGCCGCACCGGUUCUGUCAGCAACAAGAUAAUUGCCAGAGUGGAUUUGGUUAUGAGCACAGGACAGUUGCAGCGGUGCACAGUGCGACUUCCCAGUGUUAG